UAACGAAAAUUAUCUCUGACAAAAUCCCGAUAGUUAUGACUCUAUUGAAAUAUGUGAGAGCAGCUCUGGCAAAAUGUCUCUGUCACGCUGUCAGCUGUUUGAAGCUGGUUUUCUUGCUAACAACCUCCAUUUACAUGACCCCAACUGCAAUGGAACAGUCCAAGAUGGCAGACUGGUGUUUCACUUUGAUAAUGAUGACCACAUCUGUGGUACAAAUCUCACGGCCAAUGGUACCCAUUUCAUUUAUGAGAACAUAAUCCAAGGAGAGGUGGGCUCAACAACAGGCUCUAUUCACAGAAACAAAACACUGGAACUUAGCUUCUCCUGCAUCUACAAGCUCAGCGAGUCAUUGAGCAUGGACAGAGAGAUAAAUCCUAUUCAGAGCAUCGUGCACAAGACUCUUCCAGGUAAAGAGGGAAUGUACCGGAUCAAGAUGAUUCCCUAUGAGGAUUCUAGCUUCUCCCACCCUUACAAUGGCAGGGUAAAUAUAGAGGUGGGAGAGCAAAUCUACAUAGGCGUCUUUGUUCAAGGAGUGGACAGCUGUCAGCUUGCCACAGUGAUCGAUUCUUGUUGGGCUACACCAGUAAAUCAGAGGAACUAUUCUGUUCGCUGUGACCUUAUUACAGGAAACUGUCCUAAUCCAAACGAUGCUACGGUGAAGAUUCUAGAGAAUGGAGUCUCUACAACUGGACGAUUCUCCUUUAAGAUGUUUUCUUUUAAUGAAGAUGAAUCUAGGGUUUUCCUUCACUGCAGCAUUCACCUUUGUCUUCUAAUAAAUCAUAACUGUGCACCGCGUUGUUUCCCUGGAUAUCACCACCGCUCAGGCCGGUCUUUGGGCACCCAUGAUAGUGCCUCCAUCUCCAUGGGGCCUUUUAUCCGGGCCCCCCAAAAAAGAGGUAAAAACUCAUAAUAAAAUAGAUUUGCAAUGUUUACUUCACAUUU